AUGACGACAUCUGUGGUCACACACAGCCUCGGCUUCCCACGAUUUGGCGUGCAGCGCGAGUUGAAGAAGUCGCUUGAGGCGUACUGGUCCGGCAAGGAGACGGAGGAUGGUCUGCGCGCCACCGGCAGCACGCUGCGGCACCGCCACUGGAAGGAGCAGAUGGAGCGCGGGGUCGAGCUGAUCCCCGUUGGCGACUUCCACUGGUACGACCACAUGGUGGCCAUGAGCCUCAUGCUCGGCAACGUGCCGCCGCGCCACCAGUCGCCCAACGGCGUCAUUGAUAUCGACACUCUUUUUCGCAUCAGCCGUGGUCGCGCGCCCACUGGUACCCCCGCCGCUGCAUCAGAGAUGACAAAGUGGUUCAACACAAACUACCACUACAUUGUGCCAGAGUUCACGAGCCCGACGCAGAAGUUUACUUUUGCGUGGCGCCAGAUCCUUGAGGAAGUGGAUGAACUGUUGGCGGUGUGUGAGCCUCGUCGUGUGAAGCCUGUCCUCGUGGGGCCUGUGACGUACCUCUGGCUUGGUAAAGUCAGGGCCGAAGAGAAAUUUGACCGCCUCACUCUGCUGCCGAGCAUAUUGCCCGUGUACGCAGAGGUGCUGAAGGAGUUAGCCAAGCGCGGUGUGGAGUGGGUGCAGAUUGACGAGCCAGCGCUGGUGCUGGAGCUGGACUCAGAUUGGCUUGCCGCCUUCAAGCCAGCAUACGAUACGCUCCGAAAGCUGACGAGCCAUGCGCCCAAGCUCCUGUUAACCACGUACUUCGAGCGCAUCAGCCACAACCUUUCCACCAUCAAACACCUUGCGGUAGACGGCCUGCAUGUGGACUUCGUCGCAGGACAGGAUGACUUGGCGGGAGUAGAGAAGGAACUACCGGCAGCGUGGGUUUUGUCUGCUGGUGUAAUCAAUGGCCGAAAUGUGUGGCGCGCUGACCUGAGCAAAAUCUGCAGCAAGAUCGAGGUACUCCGAAAUGCGGUACCACACCGAAAACUGUGGGCGGGAACGUCCUGUUCUCUACUUCACUCUCCAGUCGACCUGGAACACGAGACGCAGUUGGAUGCGGAGGUGAAGAGCUGGCUAGCGUUUGCCCUGCAGAAGUGCACUGAGCUGAGCCUCCUCUCCAGUGCCAUCAAUAGCGGCGCGACUGACCAGGUGAAGGCAUACAGUGCCCCUGUGCUCCAGCAUCACAUCUCAAGUCGUGUGGUGAAUCAGGCGGUGCAUGAACGGGUGGCGAAGCUGACGCCAGCAGAUGCGGAACGGUCUCUGCCGUAUACAAAGCGCGCAGAAGUGCAGCACAAGUUGUUGAAACUGCCGUUGUGGCCCACAACAACAAUUGGGUCGUACCCGCAGACGCCCGACAUCCGUGCACAGCGUCUGGAUUUUAAAAAAGGUCGCACCGACGAGGCUACGUACAAGGAACAGCUGCGGAACCAUAUCAAGCGGAUGGUGAGCGAGCAGGAGGACAUUGGUCUGGACGUGCUGGUGCACGGUGAACCGGAGCGCAACGACAUGGUGGAGUACUUUGGUGAGUUGAUGAACGGUUUUGCCUUCACUCAGAAUGGGUGGGUGCAGAGCUACGGAUCCCGCUGCGUGAAGCCGCCCAUCAUCUUUGGUGACGUCAGCCGCCCCAAGACGAUGACACUGGAGUGGUCUGCCUACGCGCAGUCGCUGACGCAGCGCCCAAUGAAGGGCAUGUUGACGGGUCCAGUGACCAUUCUCUGUUGGUCCUUUCCCCGUGAAGAUAUCCCACGCAAAGCGGUGGCGCAGCAGCUCGCCCUGGCUCUGCGCGACGAGGUCAACGACCUGCAGAACGGUGGCAUCAAGGUGAUACAGGUGGAUGAGCCAGCGGUGCGUGAGGGGCUCCCACUACAGAAGCGUGACUGGGCGUCGUACCUCAGGUGGGCGGCGGAGGCGUUCAAGAUCACCGUGGCCAUUGCACGCCCCGAGACGCAGAUCCACACGCACAUGUGCUACAGUGAGGUGAAUGAGAUCAUCGAUACCAUUGCGGCGAUGGACGCCGACGUCAUCACGUUGGAGGCGACCCGCUCCGACAUGGAGCUUCUGGAGGCCUUCGACUCCUUUGAUUACCCCAACGAGAUCGGCCCCGGCGUGUAUGAUAUCCACAGCCCCAACGUCCCCGCCGCGGAUUCGAUUGUGGAGCUGCUGCUCAAGGCCGCGCAGCGGGUGCCAGUGAAGCGUCUGUGGGUCAACCCCGACUGCGGCCUCAAGACACGCGCCUGGGAGGAAACGCGGUCGUCGCUCAAGAAUAUGGUUGCCGCGGCGAAGUAUCUCCGCGAGAACAAGACAGAGUAA